CUCUCUCUCUCUCUCUCUCUCUCUCUCUCUCUCUCUCUUCGUCUUCUAGCUAGCUUACUUUUUUCAGGUCUUUCUCUCAUCUUAUAAUCUGUGAUAUUCAGAUUCAGAUCCGAGUUUCCAUUUUAUCAGCUUCCUUCGGUGUUGCUCUAAUCCUAUUUCCAGUUGUCGUCUUCACGAUGAUUAAGAACUGGAAACCCGUACGGUUAAGGCUUCAAAUGCGUACUAUCAUGGUGUUUCUGGUGAUUUUGAGCUUUGACUCGUUGGAAACUGAAGGUAUAUCGAUGACGAAAGAUCUACAGGCUGAUAGAGAUGCAGCAGAUUUGGGAGCUGUUAGUUUCCACAGGAAAUUACUUGGUCGUUUCCGUAACCCCUACACGCAUUUGAACGCGUACAAGGACCACGGCCCUGUGGCAUCUGUUAGACCGCCGUCAUCUUCGGUGGUUCCUUCUCAUAAAAGUAAGACAAGUAGAUCCUCAGCGAUGCAUCCACCACGAAUAAGUCCACCUGCCCUGCAUGUUUCUUCUGCUCCAUCUCCUUCUGUGACCACCCUUUCAAAUGUUCCUACUCUAAAAAGAAGUUCUUCAAACAGCAUAGCUCCUAUUGUUGUUGGCUGCACAGGCGGUGUUCUCCUUCUUCUUUUAGCUAGUGGUGUCUUCUUAUUCAAAAGUAAGGCUGGCAAGUCUGUGAAUCCUUGGCGUACAGGUCUUAGUGGACAACUUCAGAAAGUGUUCAUAACUGGUGUCCCAAAACUCAAAAGAUCUGAGAUAGAAGCUGCAUGUGAAGAGUUCAGUAAUGUCAUUGGGUCAUGUCCCAUUGGUACAUUGUUCAAAGGGACACUAUCAAGUGGGGUGGAGAUAGCUGUGGCUUCCGUUGCUACUGCUUCAGCCAAAGAAUGGACUAAUAACAUAGAAAUGCAGUUCAGAAAAAAGAUUGAAAUGUUAUCCAAGAUAAACCACAAGAACUUUGUCAACCUUCUUGGUUACUGUGAAGAAGAUGAACCUUUCACUAGGAUCUUGGUCUUUGAAUAUGCAUCAAACGGAUCAGUCUUUGAACAUUUACACUACAAAGAAUCAGAACAUUUGGACUGGUUAAUGCGGUUAAGAAUAGCAAUGGGUGUAGCGUAUUGCCUUGACCAUAUGCACGACCUCAAGCCACCUAUAGUCCACAGCAAUCUUCUCUCAUCAACACUCCACCUCACAGAGGAUUACGCAGUCAAAAUAGCAGAUUUCAACUUUGGUUACCUAAAAGGCCCAUCCGAGAGAGAAACCAGCACCAAUACAACCAAAGAAGACAAUGUACACAGCUUCGGUUUACUACUAUUCGAGUUGAUAACCGGAAAGCUACCAGAGUCUGUUGUUAAAAAAGGUGACUCGGUAGAUACCGGUUUAGCUGAUUUCUUGAGAGGCAAGACUCUUGAGGAGAUGGUGGAUCCGACGCUGGAAUGUUUUGAUGACAACAAGAUUGAGAACAUAGGAGAAGUGAUCAAAAGGUGUGUAAGGGAAGACACGAAAGAGAGACCGACAAUGAAGGAAGUGACAGGGAGAUUACGAGAGAUCUCGGGAUUGUCAACGGAGGAUGCUAUUCCGAAACUUUCACCUCUUUGGUGGGCAGAGCUUGAAGUGUUGUCCACUGCGUGAAAAGUGUAGUAGUUACUAGGUUGCUUCAUAAAACGAGUUUGUAAGUAUUAUGAAUAUGAAGUUUGUGUUGGGGUU